AUGAAAUACGCUCGUUAUGUCGAACCUCCGCUAUCUCGAACGCUCGCUAUCUCGAACUUUUCUUUCGGUCCCUUGGGAGUUCGAGAUAACGAGCGUCGACUAGACGCAAAAAAAAGGUUUUACACAUCACUAAAUAUGAACAACAUAUUUGAUAAAAAAAAGUUCUGGAAAAAUGUAAAACCGAUAUUUUCUAACAAAUGCGUAAAAGAUGCAAUCCAAGUAAUAGUUGAAAAUGAUCAAAUAAUUCGUGAAAAAGAACAUAUAGCAAAUAUAAUAAAUGAUCAUUUUGUUAAUGUCACGAAUUCUUUGAAUAUUGAUGGAAUUUUGCACGAAAACUAUAACGGUAUUAAAAAAGUUUUUGAAAACGUCAUCAAGAAUUACGAACAGCAUCAGCAAAACAAAUCCGGUCCGAAAGGAGCAAUUCCACCGUGUUUCCUCAAACAUUACGUCGAUGUGCACGGAGAACAUCUCAACAAGCUGUUUAAGAAAUCUAUUGUCGAUGAAGUUUUCCCUGGAGCAUUGAAAUUGGCUGAUAUUUGUCCACUAUCUAAAAACGGAGAUCGUUCAUCAAAAUUGAAUUAUCGUCCUAUUUAUGAAUUUAUUGAUAGUAAAUUAUCACCUCUUUUGUCAGGUUUUCGUAAGGGUUUUAGCAGCCAGCAUGUUUUGCUUUACUUGAUAGAAUCGUGGCGAAAAGAUCUUGAUAAAGGAAAUGCUGUAGGGCCGCUAUUGAUGGAUUUGAGUAAAGCAUUUGAUUGUGUGGAUCAUUAUCUGUUAAUAGCGAAACUACAUGCUACUACAUUCUCAAAAAGUGCUUUAGUUCUUUUAAGGAGUUAUCUCACCAAUAAGUUUCAAAGAGUCAGAAUUGAUGGCUAUUUCAGCUUGUGGAAAGAGAUUAUUAAUGGUGUUCCACAAGAUGACAAUACAUUUUAUACAUAUGGAAAACAAUUUGAGGAGAUAAAGUUAUGUUUAGAAAGUGCCUUUUCAACUGUUAGCACAUGGUUUUCCAAUAACGGGCUUCAGUUAAAUUCUGAGAAGUGCAAACUGCUCAUUCUGGAAAAACCAAAAAACAAAGAUUUUCUUUCUUUUAGGCAACAUGUUCUUCCAUUAUGUAAAAAGGCUAAUGCCAAGAUCAAUGCCCUAAAACGUAUGUCACCAUAUAUGUCUAAUUAUAAGCGAAAUGUUAUUGCUAAUUCAUUUAUUUAUAGCAUAUUUAUUUACUGCCCUCUUAUAUGGAGCAUUCAUAGUAGAGAAAAUAGACUUUUACGCGACAGAGUUGAAUCAAUAUUCAUGAAAAGUUCUGCCGAAACUUGUUAA